AUGGGACGACAGAAGAAAUGCCAGAAGACAUUCUUAUCAUCCAAUCCAAUGCAACCUCAUGCGAAAGCAACCAAUCAGGUGAAAGAGCUACGAGCGCUGCAGUUCGUAUUCCUCAUUCCUAUUUGCCGUAGUAGUGUCGAAUCUAGUUUUGAAUUGAAACCGAAAAUCAAAAUGUCUUCAGAUAGAAAAGCAGUGAUCAAAAAUGCUGACAUGUCUGAAGAGAUGCAGCAAGAUGCAGUUGAUAUUGCAACUCAAGCCUUAGAAAAAUAUAACAUCGAGAAAGAUAUAGCUGCUUACAUCAAGAAGGAAUUUGACAAAAAAUAUAACCCUACAUGGCAUUGUAUUGUUGGCCGUAAUUUUGGCAGUUAUGUCACACAUGAAACCAAGCACUUCAUUUAUUUCUAUUUAGGACAAGUUGCAAUUUUAUUGUUCAAAUCUGGGUAG